GAAACUGCUGUGAGCCGAGGCCCGGAAGUCCGAUGCUGGUUGGUGAGCGCAUGUGCAGCGCGUUCUCCGCGGAGCUGAACCCGGGCGAGUAGAGAGCUGUCAGAUAAGAGAGCUGUCAGAUACUAUAGCCAUAUGAAGUUGAACAUGGCAGAAGAAGAGGACUAUAUGUCUGAUUCCUUCAUUAAUGUCCAAGAAGAUAUCAGACCAGGAUUGCCAAUGCUAAGGCAAAUCCGAGAAGCCCGUCGAAAAGAAGAAAAGCAACAGGAAGCCAAUUUGAAAAACAGGCAGAAGAGUUUAAAAGAAGAAGAACAAGAAAGACGUGACAUUGGGUUGAAGAACGCACUAGGCUGUGAAAACAAAGGGUUUGCGUUGCUGCAAAAGAUGGGCUAUAAAAGUGGUCAGGCACUUGGCAAGAGUGGGGGUGGUAUUGUUGAACCGAUUCCUCUCAAUAUCAAAACAGGGAAAAGUGGCAUUGGUCACGAGGCAUCAUUAAAACGGAAAGCAGAGGAAAAAUUGGAAAGCUACAGAAAAAAGAUACACAUGAAAAACCAAGCUGAAGAAGAAGCUGCAGAACAGUUUCGAAUGCGACUUAAAAAUAAGCAAGAUGAAAUGAAGCUAGAAGGAGAUCUCAGAAGAAGCCAGCGAGCCUGUCAACAAUUGGAUGCCCAGAAAAAUAUUCAGGUUCCCAGGGAAGCAUGGUACUGGUUGAGGCUUGAAGAGGAGACUGAAGAAGAUGAAGAAGAAAAAGAACAGGAUGAAGAUGAAUAUAAGAGUGAAGAUUUAAGCGUACUGGAAAAAUUACAAAUAUUGACUAGUUAUUUAAGAGAAGAACAUCUGUAUUGUAUUUGGUGUGGAACAGCCUAUGAAGAUAAAGAAGACCUAUCUUCAAAUUGUCCAGGACCAACUUCUGCAGAUCAUGACUAAGAUUAUCCCCAAUAAAGCAGAAGAAUUUUUUUAUGCCAGUAAAGAAAGAGGGACUUUAUAUAAUGUUUUGUUCUUUUUGUACCUUAGAAUAUGAGUGUUCACUGACUUGAAAAAAAUAAUGCAAUGGCAUUUCAGAACACAAGUAUCAUAGAGAUGGAUAGUUACAAUUUAUUGCUGUAUUGUGAUACAUGAGGGGUUUAAGGACACCAACAGGUAACCAUCUUAUUCCCCUCUUCACUUUAGAACAAAUUGAGAGAUAAGAAAUGGGAGCCAGAGGAAGAGAAAAAUAUCCACUUUAUCAGUGAAUAAACUGAAAUAGAGAAGAAGGUUGACUUUUUCUCCAGUUAAACACUCUAAUAUUUCUCCCUGAUUGGAGAGAACAGCGGGUCUCUGUCUUGUUGGAGCAGAGCCCAUCUUUGCAUUCUGAGACCAGUUAGCUUUCAAGGUCAGGGAAACCACCAGGGACUGGACCACAGAUGCUUAGUUCCUUCUUUUAUCACCUGUGGGAUGAGACAGUUCUCUGUUGGGAAGGAAUGAAUGAGGGUUCAGAGAGCUUUUUCCUACACUUCUUGCUUUGAAAGGGCGAGGAGGGGAAAAGUAUUCCCCUCAAUAAGGCUGAUGUCAGAGGCAAUGUUCCACCAGUACUACUAAAUUCUAAUCCAUUUUACAAACAAAAUAACUGUGAUAAUUUCUGGUAAAAUCAUGAGUUUUCAUGACAAUGUCUGCAUCCAUUAUAUGUGAUCUGUUGGAAGUUUUGGCUAGAGAAACUUAAGAAUUGUGAGGAAACUCAAAUAUCGUGUGAUUCCAGUACUUACUGAAUUUGGAAACCCCUUGAUAGCAUUCCCAGCAAGUGAUAGUUCAACCUUUGCCUUUAUUCUUCUAGCCACAGGGAGCUCACUGCUUUAAAACCAUUCCAUUACUGGGUAGCUCUAAAUUGUUUUCAUUGUUUUCUCUUAAACUGAAAUCUGCUUCCCUGUAAUUUUACUGAAUACAGCUGACAUACCAUGUGGCAUACUAUGAAAGAGCUCCAUCCAGGGUGAGGCAUCAAAAUCAUGAACGUUUUUAAAAGUUCAUAUGCUCAGGUGUCUCUCCUAGUGAUUGAUUUUGAUUCAUCUAGUCUAAGGUGGUUCUGGAUGUCUGUAUUUAUUUUGAAGUCCCAAGAAUGAGUCAUAAGCACCUGAGGAUAAGAACUAGCGCUGAGAUUAAGUAUGGAGCACCACCAUUCUUUGGAUAGAGUUGUGAUCACCUGUGUGAUUUUAUAGCUCACCUUUUAGUUGGAUUGAGCAAGAGAACAACCCCUUUUAUUAGAAACAGCAUACAUAAGAAGAUCGCAAAAACUAACCUACACUUGCUAGGGUAAGAUAAUCAGUAGUAAAACUUGUAUUAAUCUCUUAGUACAACUUGUAUUAAUCUCUGACUUAAUAUUACCUAAUUCACUUUUCAAGCUUAACUUGGGGAGCUUUACAAAAUAAUAAUAAAAGGGUCCCAUCCCAAGAGAUUCUGAUGCCAUUAGUCACUGUGACUUGGGCAUCACUGCCCUUGAUUCUAAAAUGCAGCCUAGCUUGAGCCACUAAUCUAGUUAACUUCUGGGCCUCAGUCUCCAGAAAACUAAUUAUUUUUAUGAAUGUAAAUAUAUAUAUAUAAUAUUUUAAGUUUAUAUGGUUGGAUGCUAUUGUUUAAUACUUACUUUUUUGUUUUAAAAAAAAAUUAUAAAAUUGGCUGAGCGCAGUGGCUCACUCCUGUAAUCCCAGCACUUUAGGAGGCCAAGGCAGGCAGCUCACUUGAAGCCAAGAGUUCGAGACCAACCUGGCCAACAUGGUGAAACCCCUCUCUACUAAAAAUACAAAAAUUAGCUGGGCGUGGUGGCGCACGCCUGUAAUCCCAGCUACUCAGAAGGCUGAGGCAUGAGAAUUGCCUGAACCUGGGAGGCAGAGGUUGCAGUGAGCUGAGAUCAUGCUACUGCACUCCAGUCUGGGUGACAGAGCAAGACCCUGUCUCAAAAAAUAUAUAUACAUAUAUAUAUAUGUAAUUUUAUUAGUAGCUAUUAAUAAAACAGAGGAGUACAUUUUACCCUUGCAAUUACAGUCAAUACUUUGGUGUCAUUUCAGCCAACAUACCAACAUUCAGCCAAAUCCCAAAGCCAAAUGGAUAAUUUCAGAUGGAAUGGAGUUAGACAGGAACUGGCUUCCCUUUCUCCUCUUACUGACUAUGAGGACAACCCACACCUGCUCAGUGGCCUAAAAUAUUUUAAAUAUGUUCAUGACAAUGAUGCUGCGAAUGCCAGAAUAACACCGAUGGAACCCAUGACUUCACCAGGAUUGUGGUCUCCAUUUACAGGCCUAGGACUAGAACUAGACCAGCUUACAGAGUGGGAAAUAUCCCUCCAUUCUUGUCCACUGAAGGAUAAAAAUACAGGCAUUCAGCCAGGUGCGGUGGUGCAUGCCUUUGGUCCCAGCUACUCAGGGGCCUGAGGUGGGGAAUCCUUUGAGCCCAGGAGUUUGAAACCAGCCUGGGCAACACAGUGAGAGACCUCCAUCUUAAGGAGAAAAAAAAAAUCAGGUUUUCAAUAUGAGUAAAAACUUAUUUUUAGGCCUUUUAUGACUUUAUAAAUAGGCAAUAAUGAACACCGAGGGAAGCAAAACAUUGAAAAGAAUUUUAAAAUUUGUUGUAGAACAUUCAUAUGAAAUUUGAAACUGCAAAACAAUGUAAAAUGUCUUGUUGUCGUUUACGUUUGUAUAUAUUGUGCUAUGUCUAUUUUCAAAGUCCUAUCUAGAAAUUCUAAAAUGUCUUAUUUUCUUAAUUAAAAAUCCAGAAUACUGCAGUUUCAGAAAUUCAAAAUAAAUACUUUAACAUACCAAAUUGGUUUUUCUAACAAACAUUUAUUUCAAUUGUUA